CAUACUUACCUUGAUGGCACAAGCCCCUUCAUGUACCCGGGUUUGUGGGCCGUGGAGACACUUCAUAGCACGGCGACCUUGUCCAUACAAAGGGUUUCUGCGGCUUGUAUAGGCUCAGGCUUAUGCACCGUCUCAAUAUUUUCCUGUCCUGCAUCGGCCACUCUGGCUGGGCAGGCUCUUUUUUUUUUGGCCUCUCGGCAGCUCUAACCCUAACCAUAACAAUGCCUAAAAUUGUGCUGUCAACGCUGGUAAUGCGCCCCCGAAACGGUUCAGCCGCUUUGUUGCCUGAAGACAUUGGCAGGGCUUUAGUGUAUACAGUAUGUUCAGUUCGUGCAUUCAUGUCCGCCAUUAGUGCUAGCUAGCACCGAACAACUUAAGCAUGUCAUUACCCGUAUGCAGAGUAUUGAUCAUUCACUUUAUCAAGCUCAUCACAAAUUUUCCCGGCAUUUUCCACAACUUUUCUCAAAAUGCAA